AUGAGUCCAAUAAAAAGAGGAGCUUUAAUUGUGAUAGAAGGUGUAGAUAGAUCAGGUAAAUCUACACAGUGCAAAAAAUUAGUGCAGUCCCUAGAAAAUAGGAAAAUUCAAUCCAAACUACUCAACUUUCCUGAUAGAAUGACAUCAACUGGAAAAUUAAUCAAUGAAUACCUAAAAAAUGAAGAGUGCACACUGAAUGACCGAGCUAUCCAUCUACUGUUCUCUGCAAACCGCUGGGAAAAUCUAGAAAAAAUGAAAACAUUAUUGUAUGAUGGAGUCACCUUGGUUGUUGAUAGAUAUUCUUAUUCAGGAAUAGUUUUUUCAGCUGUGAAGAAAAAUAUGAACUUGGAGUGGUGUAAACAACCUGAAAAUGGUCUUCCAAAACCUGAUUUAGUCUUCCUACUAACUCUGAGUCAAGAAGAAAUGCAAUGUAGACCAGGAUUUGGAAGUGAAAGGUAUGAAAAUGUUGUAUUUCAAAGAGAAGUGGCAAAUAUGUAUGACCAACUAUGUGAUGAACAUGACAAUUGGGAGAGAGUAGAUGCUGCUGGAAGUAUUGAUGAUGUACAUGAUAAAUUACUUGAUAAAUGUGUUAGUAAAAUUGAAGAAGUUGGAGAUACUCCACUAGGCAUUUUGAACUUCAACAAGAAAGUCCAAGAUACCAUGUAA